GGCGACAAGCCGAGAGGAUUAUAGCUCUUGCUCGCGGUGGUCGUUGAUGGUCGUCUAAGUUCCCAGGCAAAACCUGAUAUUCGGCUGUCCAAACAAAUUGACGGACAAAUAAGUCUCUCGGCCGCUGCGAGUGUAAUAAUUAAAACGGUUCGCAUCGGUCUGACAGGUCGCAGUUCGAACGGGGGAUGAGUCGCGAUCGGACGUGAUUUCCGAAAGCAGUGUGUCGCGGUACAGGUGCUAUUGAAUUCGUUCGCUUGUUCUGGCAAAUCGGAAUCGGAGUGCAGGAACAGGAUGACAGUCGCCAGCGCAAUGGAGACGCCGGCAAAGGCUACCUCCGGGGAUAUCCCAGUCGGGGAGAGCAGUUCCGCGAAAGUGAAAAUGAUUUUCAGUGAUACCAACAACAAUGAGAUUACGAUGGGCGAUGACAAGAGUGUCAGUGAUGCGGAGCUGAAACAGUACAUGGAACACUACGACCGGUGGAAACAGUCCGCCGUCGGGAAGUGGCUCCAGGAUCAGCUGGCCGAUAAGUUCGGUUGGAAGUUUGGGGCCGAGAUCAAGUGGAAGAAUGUGGGCCUGAUCGGUGGGUUACACCUCGCUACCGCGCUGCUAUUCUUCGUGUACGUGCAGCAAUCGACGCCCAAGACCUGGUUGUGGGGAUUCGUCGUGGGAGGCUUUGCCGGUUUCGGUGUUACGGCCGGUGCUCACCGGCUCUGGACCCACAGAGCGUACAAGGCGAAGCUACCCCUGCGCAUCAUCCUGAUGAUCUGCUUCUGCAUGUCCGGUCAGAACAGUUUGUACGAGUGGAUCCGGGACCACCGCAUACACCACAAAUACUCCGAAACGGAUGCAGAUCCGCACAACUCGAACCGGGGCUUCUUCUACGCCCACGUUGGUUGGCUGAUGCUAAGAAAGCACCCGGAGUGCAUCAAGAAGGGCCGCCUGAUUGACAUGACCGACGUGAUGGCCGAUCCGGUGAUCCGCUUUCAUCAGAAGUAUUUCCCGCUGCUGAAGGGACUGUUUACGUACUUCAUUCCUUCGAUGAUUCCGUGGUACUUCUUCGGCGAAGAUUUCAUGCUGUCGUUCCUGGCCAACUGUCUGCUGAGAAACACGCUCACCCUGAACUUCACCUGGUUGGUGAACAGCGCAGCGCACAUGUAUGGCCACAGGCCGUACGAUAACCGCAUCCGACCGGUGGAAAAUAAGUACAUUUCCAUCGUAGCAAUGGGUGAGGGGUGGCAUAACUAUCAUCACGUGUUCCCCUGGGACUACAAAGCGGCCGAGUUGGGCGAUUACCGCUUCAAUGUGACCACCUUCUGGCUGGAUCUAUUCUCCCGGAUCGGUUGGGCGUACGAUCUGAAGGAACCAUCGAAGGAGCUGGUUCAACGGACAGUCAACAAAUAUGGUGAUGGAACAUACAUCACAACCAAGAUCGAACAUCUCAAGGAGGAACCGGAUCCAUAUUUACUCAAAGCCCAGUAGAACAAUUUCAUUUCAUUCGCAUUAGUAAAGCUCCGUGAGUGUGUUAAGUUUUAACAGUAAAGAUA